AACGAAAUCAUUUCGUUUUUGAUAGCAGCACAUUCAAAAUGAAAUUGAAACUUUAUUCUACGUGCAAUUUACUUGCAAUAAAUUUUUUAUUAUUGUGGACCGUGGCUGAAGCUGGGACAGAAUACUCAUCUUAUCGUCGGUAUCCACUAUGUCAACCGUCCGAAGACAUAAGAUAUCCAAAGAGUGUUGACGACGUUGUUGCAAUCGUGAAAGAAGCGAUUAGCAAAAAGUUAACGGUAAAAGCAUUCGGUAUUCGCCACUCUCAAACUGACAUCAUCUGCACAGAAGGAAUUCCAGUUGAUAUGACCGGACUACAGUCAAUGAAAAUGAAUGACGACAAUACGGCAACGUUUGGUGCUGGUUCGAAUAUGCGAGAAGCUACUACGUUUUUGCGUUCACACGAUCGUGCAUUUAAAACUACGCCUGCAUUCGGAAAUAUAACAAUCGGAGGAGCUAUUGGAACUGGUGCACAUGGCUCUACAAUUAAGUACAACGCUUCUAUUUCAUCGCAAAUAGCUAAAUUGAAAAUUGUUGACGGAAAGGGAGAUAUAAAAGAGAUAACAGAUCCGGAGGACUUGAAAGCGUUCAAGAUGCAUCUGGGUCUCCUUGGAAUUGUAGUCGAGGUAACACUCAACACGGUUGAACUGUAUAAAACACUCGCUCACAACUAUGUUGUGUCCGAUGAAAUGCUAACUAAUGGUAGUGUAGUGGACAUGGCAAGGAACACAGAUCAAAUAUCCCUUUACUGGUUUCCGGAAUUUAAGGAAGUUGUUGUAGCCAAUUGGACAAUUGUGGAUAAAGCGACUCCCGGAACUGAUUAUACGAGCGAUCAUGUACCGUCAAUGUAUAGGAAUUUCGCUCGAGUAGCUGCCUUAGCUAGAGAAAUAUCGUUUACACUUACCGAGAGCAUGUGUGCCACAGCUAGCACACUGGGAUACACUCUUUUGCAUACAUUCGAAUACUUUAUGGAAUUGGCACUGUUUACACGAGUACCUGAUUGGGUACCAAUUUAUGCAACGCAACAAGGAAAGUUUCAAAAUCCAUCUGUCGGCUAUUAUGACGAAAUGUUUGCUCCUAUAUGUUACAAUGAACCUCAAGGAAUUCUUGGGAAGGCCUGUAUUUGGUCACAUGGCUCGAAUAGCAUAACGAUUUUGGACAACGAGUUCAGUCUUGACUUAGCGCGACUGGGAGAUUUCAUAGAAGCUGUUAAAGGAAUUGUAAAGAAAACUCCAACAGCGUUCCCUUUAAUAGGAAUAUUGCUGAGAUUUUCAGACAAAACAGAUAUCUACAUGUCCCCUUCGUAUGGAAGACAGUCUGUCCAUUUCGAAUUCUAUUUGUGGAACAGAGAAGAUGUUUAUGGUCGUGCAUCAGGAAGUUUAGCCGGUUAUCAAACCAUUCUACAAACUUUGGCGAAAGAAUUUAACGGCAGAUCGCACUGGGGUAAAAGUGGCAUGGUAUAUCACAGCAGCGAGAUGAUCGACUUAAAAUUGGAUGAAACCGCAAGACAAAACUUCAUAGCCGUCAUGAACAAAUACGAUCCAGACGAGGUGUUCCUGAACAAUUUCGGUCGUCGUAUAAAACGAACUGGAGAUAAAGUCGACAUCGAUCCGUUAACAAAACACUGCGCCCUGUUGGAUAAUUGUUUCUGUUCAGUGAACUCUGACUGUGCAUCGACUCAGAUAUGUACAAAACUUCCCGGCUACGUCUAUAACGUUUGCAAAACGAAAAACGAGGUUGCCCCCGUCGCUUUUGAUCGAAGCUUGUUUCGUCCUCCGUUCGGUAUUGUGUCGUACCUAGUUUCGGAUGUUCCUACUUUAGUACGAUCGGUCAUUGCCAACUGCACACUCACGAAUCCAGUUGGAACUAUUGGCUCACUGAUUCCCGGAAGGAUGGAAAGUGUACUACAAACUGUCAGAACUUUGAGCAUGAAACUCGUAGGACUGAAAUUAUUAGGGGACGUGGUUGGAACAGUGGGUGGACUUUUGCGAAGAAGUAGUAACUAAGUACACAGAUUCUUUCUAUGUACACUUUGGUUUACAGAUCACGGUGAGCUUGAAAUAAAUUUUAGUGGAAAGUGGUUGUACCUUAAAUGUUAUUUCUGUUGGUAGAGGGCUAGGUCCUGAUCAUUUUCCAACCAAAAUUAAAAUCGAUUGUACGGGAAUUAGUUGAAAUAACCCAUUUUCGCAUGCAUUUUUGGACCCUCGUGAAAUACUUCCUCUAACAAAACAUAGAUUUUUCAGCAGAAAAUUGAUAGUAUCCGCUAGCCUCUACCAUAAACAGCAAUAGCAUUUGAUUUUGGCUACAAGCACGUUCCACUAAAAUUUAUUUCAAGCUCACCGUGAGUUAUGAUGUUACGGCAAACUUAAGGCCCGUCAUUGGGAAAUGACAGGACAGUUUCCCGAAAAUGUAUGC